CGUUCACCCUCAUCAUCAUCUCGUCGUACACGGCCAACCUGGCGGCGUUCCUGACCGUGCAGCGCAUGGAGGUGCCAGUGGAGUCGGCCGACGACCUCGCCGACCAGACCAACAUCGAGUACGGCACCAUCCACGCCGGCUCCACCAUGACCUUCUUCCAGACCCCGCGCUACCAGACCUACCAGCGGAUGUGGAACUACAUGCACUCCAAGCAGCCCAGCGUCUUCGUCAAGAGCACGGAGGAGGGCAUCGCGCGCGUCCUCAACUCCAAGUACGCCUUCCUGCUGGAGUCCACCAUGAACGAGUACCACCGGCGCCACAACUGCAACCUGACGCAGAUCGGGGGGCUGCUGGACACCAAGGGCUACGGCAUCGGCAUGCCGCUGGGGUCGCCGUUCCGCGACGAGAUCACGCUGGCCAUCCUGCAGCUGCAGGAGAACAACCGGCUGGAGAUCCUCAAGAGGAAGUGGUGGGAAGGGGGGCACUGCCCCAAGGAGGAGGAUCACCGCGCCAAAGGUGGGCGUGGCUUCGGUUGGGUGGGGCUGGCCCCGGCGGGCUCGGCCCAGUUUGGGUUGGUCCGGUCGCCGUUCCGCGACGAGAUCACGCUGGCCAUCCUGCAGCUGCAGGAGAACAACCGGCUGGAGAUCCUCAAGAGGAAGUGGUGGGAAGGGGGGCACUGCCCCAAGGAGGAGGAUCACCGCGCCAAAG